GGAUAUUGGAGCCUGGAGCUAAUGUAGCAUUUAAGGAGCUGAAAUAAGAGGAAGCAGCAGAAAUCUGGAGAAUAAAAGUAAGAGGAGCAGCUUAGAUUCAUAGAGACUUUGCCUCGUCCAGAAGGAAAUUCCUUUUUCAGACAUAUGCUUUUAUUAUCAUAGCCAUGAAUUUGUUGAGCGUUUGGUUCAUGGUUUGCGGCGUUCUGACGAUGAGCCAAGCUGCACCAAUAAACUCGACAAUCACUGGGAGCAAAGGGGGUCUCUGCGACUACAAGCGCCUUCACUGCAUCGUUUUAGCCGGAGCGUUCUGCCCACGGUGCGACGCUGACGGGAACUUCCUCCCUCAGCAGUGCUCUGGCUCCACCGGAUACUGCUGGUGUGUCAAUGUGCUCACCGGAGAGGAGAUCCCAAACACAAAGACCCCGCCUGGGGUCAGGCCUGUUAGCUGUGCUCAGUACAUCUACUGCCCGUAUGGCUGGAGCAGCUUCGGCUAUCGGUGUUUUCUCUUCAUCGACACCCCAAAGACAUGGACCGAGGCUGAGUUUUACUGUCAGUUUGAAGGAGCCAACCUGGCGUCAGUUCACAGUGACGAGGAGAAUCACUUCAUCCAAUCUUUGACCAGAGGAAACACACACAGCUUCCCACAAACCUGGAUCGGAGGCAGCGAUGCCAUACAGCUUAAUUUGUGGAUGUGGUCUGAUGGCUCCAAGUUCCACUACGAGAACUGGUUUAACGACAACCACGAAAAGAAGGACGCACGCUGCCUCAAGAUGAACUAUUACUGUAAGGCCUGUCACACACAUUCAUAAGGUUUAAUAUAUGC